AUGGCUCGCCGACAGCAUCUGACCCUGACUUUCGUCUUGGUUCUCGGUAUCUUCUUCACCUUGUCCUAUUUCUUCUCUGGUCCCUCGCGCAGUGUACUUCUUCCCAAGCUUCACAAUGAUGUUGAAUUGCCCCUGAAGGACGCCCCUCGAUCUGAGUUCGUGGCCGACCUCAGCGCCAUGCCCGCGGGUCUCCUCGAGGGCGAAUCGAUUGCGCCUAAGCUUGAGAAUGCGACGUUAAAGGCUGAGCUUGGCCACGCAACGUGGAAGUUUCUUCACACAAUGAUGGCACGAUUCCCCGAUAAGCCGACAAAGGAGGAUCGCAUGGCUCUCGAGACUUUCAUGCACCUUUUUGCCCGACUCUACCCUUGCGGCCAGUGUGCGGCGCAUUUCCGAAAGCUGCUUGCCCAAUAUCCUCCCCAGACGAGCAGUCGCAACGCAGCCGCUGGAUGGUUGUGCUUCGCCCACAACAUCGUCAACGAGAGAGUACACAAGCCUUUGUUCGACUGUGAGAACAUCGGUGAUUUCUACGAUUGUGGAUGUGGCGACAAGGACAAGAAGGAGGGCGCAGAGGGUGUAGAGGGCGUCAAGGGCGAGGGACCUGAUCAAGAGCUACAUAAGCAUUAG